AUGGCCGCCGGGGGCCGCAGCUACUCCUGCGAGUCUGCUGAUAAGACUAUGGAGUGGAUGACCGCUAUCGCUGACGUACUCCGCAGCUUCAGGCUCCUCCUCGAUGCCCACGUUACCAAUUUCUUCAAGGUUGCCUUUCUGCAUCACAUCUCCACUGUUUAAGAUCACUUCCGUAUCCUUCCGCGGAAAAACUCCCCGGUGGAUUGUGGUCUAUUUUUUUAACCUCUCACUGUGGUUUGCAGGACAGGUUGUGGGAAACGGUAGACGGGGAGUGGAUGGAAUGCCUGCGGAAGGGGCCCGUGCAGGAUUUCGUCGGUAUCCCCUGUGGGUUGGUUCGGGUGGGUCUCCUCUUUUGCUCCUUGGGGUUUUCUUUUCCGUGAAUCUUGUUGAAAGUUUCAUAUAAAGUUUUAUACAGGAUAACAGGUAUUUAAAUUUUUAUAGCGUGAAAAAUUAUUGCAAAGGUUAAAAUUGCAUAAACUGGGACAUGCUUAUGAAUCUGCUUAUUGAAGUCCACAAAGACUUUCUCAACGGUUGAUUCCCCAUGUUUUAAAGAGCUAACACGUAUUCCCAACACUUCAAUACUUGAUCCUUUUCCGUUGGGCUACCCAACCCCCCAUUUAUCAUUGGUCCCUUUUUUAUUUAUAGUGUUGGUGAUUAUUUCAUUUGUACGUAGUUGGGAGUUUAUUCUUGAGCCAAUGACAUCCUCUUGUUAUCAUGGUUAAUGGUUCCUGUGUAAGAUUCUAUCUUAUAUGAUGCAUAUAUGCUCACGUUCUAAGGUUUGAAGCAGAUAAGAUAUCCUCUUGUCGAAGUAAGCAUUAAUCACAUUAAAAAAAUAAAAAAAACACAGAUAUAGAAAAUUGAUGCUCAAAAUGAGGUUGAUGGCUUGAAAGCCAGGUGGUCUUUCUGGGCACUGGGGUGUUCUACCAUGCUCACACGAGUGCUCUCAGAACAUUGACUCUUUGAUGCUGUACUUCUUUAAGAGCUGCGCAUCUGGACGAGAUUAAUGUUGAAUGCUGUUUCUGGUCUAUCAAAAACACAAAAGAUAAUUUCUACUGUUUUUUUAAUUUUUCCUUCACGUAUUUUCUGAAUAAUAGUGGCAUACUUACCUUGUGGCUAAAUAUUUUGUAGGAACAUUGGCCUGCCACACUUAAAGGGUUUGUUAAAACCUUGAAGUCAAUGGUUCUUCCUCGAGACCCAAAGUCAUCAAACACAGUAUUAAAAGUAUGGAUAGCUGUUGUUCUCCAUUGAAUUCGUUAUAUCCAGUGUAAAGUAUCACCGAGGUGAUGGAUGGCCUAGAUGCUAAUGUUGGGAAUAUUGGGAAGGUGGAGAGAGAUAUGAAUGGGAUUUUGUAUACUUCCGUCCCUUCAGGAAACAAGACUACCAUAUGACUAUGUUUCUUCAUUUCCCUUACAGAUAUUUGACGAUUUCCAAGUGGCACAACUCGGAAGUGUUCUCUCUCAAGGCAUGAAUCAGAAGAAAAAACAUGAGGUCUGGCAAGAGAAGCCCAGGAUAUUCCAUUAUUUUCUCCUUUUGGCCUGUUUUUGAUCUUUGAACAUAAUGAAGCAGGUAGAAAUACUCUCUGCAGUCGUCAGUGUAGUUGCGAGUUUUGUUGGAGCCGCUACUGUAAUUGAUGUUGGCGCUGGUCAGGUAUGGUAAUUUUCGUUCUAUAUGACUACUUUGAUAUAUUGAUCUCAAAUUGUUAUGUAUGGAAGCCCUCAUAAUGAAUGAAUAUGCAACUGUUAGAUGUGGUGCAACAUUGAUAAGGAAAGGGAUAUUGCAAGUUAAUGUUUCGGAUUUACUACAGUUAUCAUGAUGUGCGAAUGAAGGGUGAAUAUGGAAUCUUGGACAUGCUGUAUCUCUAUGCAUAGAGACAGAUUUUCAGGAAAAGCAUCAUAUCUUGCCUGUACACGUCACCAAUCUAUUGGAAAAUUUGUUGCUCAAGUGAUCUUAAUGUACAUCAUAACUGUGACAAUCUUAAAGGUGUCUUCAGUAUAGGCAUGUGUGUUGAUCCAACUACUACAGAGUUUCAUUAUUGUCUCUUGAGUAAAGGGCAGACGCUGUAUACAUUUAUUCAUCUGAUUUUCCUUCUUAGUGUACUGUAAGCCCAUUUAUUCAGGUCUCUUCUCCAUGACUCUUAUUCGUUUCCCCCCAUAUCCAUAUAAAGUUCCUCGUCUACUCGUAUUCACAUAGUUUCCUCUAUACAUGUGCAUAUGGUUAGAAGAAUAUUUAUGUCUACCUGUGUAUGUAUGCAGAUGGAUCUUGAUGGCAGUUAUACUUCCACUUUGCAAUUGCUAUGGCAUCUCACUUCAUCCAAAUGAUUUUCUCAGGGCUACCUUGCUCAAGUGCUAAGCUUCCUGUACCACCUUUCAGUAAUUGCUCUUGAUGCUUCUCCCCACCAUGCAUCUGUGACUAGUUUGAGGGCAGAGCGAAUUAAGAAGCAUUUCACAGUGAAAUCGCGAAAAUCUCAGUAUGGACAAUAAUUUUCAAGUUUUAAGUAUAUUUUGGAUUCCAUCCACCUGUCAUGACCUUUCUUUGUUUAUAAUUUCAGAAAUGGGACUAAACUUCUGCAUGGACCUACGACAAUCACUUGCCAAAUUUUUUCGAGCAACACACUGACAGCUGUUUUAGAAAGUAUGAUUGAAUCGUCAUCAUGUGACAAUGAGCGUGCUGGAUCACCAUUGGUUCUUGCAGGUCUUCAUGCUUGCGGUGACCUUUCAGUGAAUAUGUUGAGGUUAAGAUCUUCUUGACAACCUAUAUCAUUUCGUUUGUGUUAAGCUAAUGUUGUGAGCUGGUUUAUUUCUCCUUUGUUUGUUCCAAUCCGCUCCCGUUUGUUUAGAAAAACCAUUUUUCUCAUGUAUUCCACCAAUAACGAAAUUUGUAUUUCUUAAUGCAUGGCUUGUGUUAUGAAUUCAGGACUUUCAUAGAAUGUGAACAAGUGAAAGCCAUUGUUUGCAUUAGUUGCUGCUAUAAUUUAUUAUCUGAUGAACACUUUGCAAAGUCAGACUCGUGUAGUUUUCCUAUGAGCAAAGGAGGUAAAUUGUUGGGCUUGGCUCUUGGAAGAAGUGCACGUGAUCUUGGUUGUCAGGUAACCAGUUCUGAUGAACACAUGAUUAUCAAUCUAUUAUUCUUGUUUCAAAGGCAAGGGGUUUUAACUUAGAUUUGAAUGUAUUAGAUGUAGAACAGCAAAGGAAUAGCUAUACGUGGAAUUUUCCCCUGAAAGAAUCUAAUAUGGAACUGUCUUGAAAUCAACUGCUGAUGCUAAUGCACGGUCUCUGGAAUCAGAUCGUAUCUGGAACAGUGAUUUUUUUUUCAGUUCAGGCCCUUAACCCUCUCUGGUUAGUCAUUUGAGAUUAGUUGGCAGCUUUACUUCGUUUGCACAUUGUAUGUACAAUUCUGGGCGUUGAGUGAUCAGAAUCAGGUUAGAAUUCCCUCCCCUCUUCUCAAAAAUCAGAUCAGCAAAACUCCGUGCACCAUGUGUGAAUGUGCAAAAUUCCCCUAAUCAUUGAUUUUAAGUGGAAUGGGUUUCACAUGAAAAGCGCAUGGUUGUUUCUUCUUCUCCAUGGUUGUUUCUAUCUUAGAUGCACAAUUUGAUCUGGGUAUACCUAUGGGAAAAAAUAAAUGUAACGCCAUUUCAUAUGGCUUUCUUCCUUGGAUCAGCCAAUAUUUUCAAUACGGUCCCAUCUGGAUUAAGGUCGUACAAGGCCAAUCUGUAGUUGUUAAUACAUGCUCAUCUUAACUACCUCCAUUUAAAACUAGCCCUUUUCAAUAUGUAAUCCGGCAUGAGUCAUCAUGCCUUUGUUAUGAAUAUGCACAAUGUAUUGAAAAUUCUUGUGCUGAGAAAUAAUCUACAAUGAAGGUCAACAAUGACCAUUAUGUUUGAUCAAACACUACUUUUAAAUUGUAUUAAUUAUUCUUAAUGAUUGUAUUGAAUUCAUCUCAUUUGUUUGCACUUUAGAUAGGGGACAUGACAACAAAAACAUGAAGUGAAAUGAAUGAUAAAUUUUGACUUAGCACGUGUUUGUGACCUUUUUGUUGAAGCCUUCGAUAUUGAGGAAGAUACUUGUGAACAUCUUAAAGAUGAGCGUAACAAGUGCAUGAAAAUAGUGAACAUAAUGGCCAAUAAUUGACAUUCCUAGUUUAUAAAAGUUAACAAAUGUAGAAUGUGUGAAGUCCCGUUUCACAUUCUCAUCCCCACAAGACCAUUUAGAUCUUGAAGGUUUUUACUACAGAAGAAAUAGCGGUUAAUUCACUUUUCCUUAUUAGAGUGAAGAGAGGUGGAGAAGUUUUACUAAAGAAGCUGCUAUCCAGAACUUCGAGUUGCAUGCCUUCCGUGCUGCCUUUCAGUUGGUGAGUUAAUCUCUUCUCUGAUUAUAAGAGUUCAUUUUCACCUUGAAGAUUUUAGGCUUUAUUCUAAAAAAAACUCUCGAGCCCUUUUUCUAUGUUUAUUUCAAGAGCAGGGUCUUCCUUUAUCUAAAUAACUUUUAUUUUCCUGUAGAUCCUUGAUAAAUAUUAUCCUUCCACACUGGCAUUGACCCCUGCUAUUGGACGGCAAGGGAAAGCUUUGAGACGUAGACAGUUACGGAGAGUUUUGAAUUCACAAUUGGAUGGAGGAGAACGUAGUAUUGAAUUUUCUGCCAAGGGCCAAUGUGUCAAAGAGCCACAUUUAUUGACUUUGGAGUGUGCUGAAGCUGAGGCUGCCAAUGGCCAUGACAGAGGUUCAGUAGUAGGAGGUAUUAGCCCUGUUUAAGCAUUCAACUAAUAACGUUUCUGCUGCAUUAAGCAUUGAAUUAGUAUGAUUUUUAAAUUGUGCUGGAUUAAGAAUUGAAUUAGUGAGAUUUCAGUGGACUUCUCCGUUAAGCAUGGAGUUAGAUUUUUAGGUAGUGCUUGUAUUAGUAAUAUCUUAACAUAUUUGGCAACUUUAUAUUUUUGGUGCCCUGUUUUUGUCAUAAAUUUAUGAUUUUUUUUUUUUUUUCUGGGUUAAAGUUGCAGAUUGCUCAUGUACAACCUCAGGCAUCAAGGAUGUUUGUGGAAGUUCCAGCAAAUUUUGUCUAUUUGAAGAGUUCAGCAGAGCUGGUCUAUCUCGCCUUGGUAUCGGAAACACAGAUCAUAUUGACCUCCUGGGAAUAUGGAAGGAUGUUCAACCUUUCAUUGUAUUGCCUUUGGAUCUCCCGUUCCCCUUUUUUAUUCUUUUCUCUAAUACCCUUUCAGCAGGAUUUUACACCAGACUUGUUUUAGCAUCUCUUCUGCCUUUGUAGUGAUUUUUUCGAAUAUUUUCUGCAUCAUUUUCUCCAAAAUUCCUCCAAUACUAUUUUCUUGUCCAUUGUAGUAUAAGACUCAAGAAUUUUAUUGGCCUCAUUCCCAUAAUCCUUUUUAAUUAUAUUUCAUGAUUUUAAUAAUAGGGGCAUGAUACGUUCUAUGCACAUUAUAAUGUGCCCAAAUUUAUUCAAUGCCUGCUGUACUGUCAGAUGGGCCCCUGGGAGCCCUGAGGAAAAGCUCAGAAACAAAGGCUCGGGCACCUUGAAUGAUCAAAUCCCUUCAGAUAGUUGUGAUAUCAAAUACCCAACUAAUGCUGAUCUUGAUGUGUGGUCCGACCGAUCUUAUAUUUGAUGGUCAGGAUUCGAUCUGGGGUUUUGAAAGUUUUACCUUGUUGAUUCUUCCUUUUCAAUUGAAUAAAACUCUGAUCAAUUGAUGAGAGUUGUGUUGAUGCAUCUUAUAAUGCAGGAUCUCAUAGGUCCUUACUGGGCCUUGCAUGCGGCCCUGGGGCCUCUGGUGGAGACUUACCUUCUUCUUGAUCGGCUGCUGUUCCUCCAAGAGCAAGGCGAUGGAGUGGAAGUGAAGAUGGUCCCCCUCUUUGACCCCUUGCUGUCGCCGAGGAAUGUUGCCAUAAUUGCACUGAAGAAAUGA